AUGCGGCGGCAUAUUGCCAUACUGCCAAUUCUCCUUUUUUGGACUUUCUCUCAAGUAGAAGGUCUCAAUUAUAAAUGCCAUAAUAAUCAGGUAGGAACGUUUCGCUUAACUUUUUUUAUCGUACUUUUUAGGUUCUCGUCGUUCAAUCUUUCGGAAAUGAUACUAUUAGAAUGCACUGUCAAAGGUUGGACCUUUGUGGCUACCAACAGUUGAAGUGCGAUUAUGAUGAACUUCAACCACAAUGCGGUGGUAAACUCAACUUUGUAGCCCACGUGAAUCAGAAAGGAUCUACAGCCCCGUAAGUUACUCGCACAAACAUUUCGACGACCUGAAGUUCGUGUAACAUGGGCAUUUUGAAAACUCGCAAAACGUGACGCAUCUGGAAAACCGCUGUCAGUUCAGAGUCGAACACACUUGCUGUAACCUAUUCAAUCCACGAGGUCACCACUCAAUUCCAACACACAUCGGAAACGAUUGUUUUAUUUACGAGCUUCCGGAUGGGUCAUCAAACGGAAAAAAAGUGGACCCCGCGCCAUCGGACGACGCGCCGUACGCUGUCCUCAAAGUAUGUUCAGUGUAUCUACAAUAUUCGUGGCAUUUAGCAUUUAGAAUCCCGCCGAGAUUCCCGAACAGUUCGAUGGCGUGACUGGAUAUCGGCUUCGUCUUUUCCUUCUCAAAAAUAAAUCGCCACCCACACUUCUCGUCAAAGGAAUCGAACGCCGCCUGUGAGUAUCUGUCUAAGUGUCGUUUGCCUCUUCCCCCACCCCUCUUUCACUUUCCGCCGAAAUUGUCGCUUUCAAUCUCGGGUUCUUCCGUCUUAUUCUCAUUGGAAUGUUGCAGUGACGGAUACCGAGUGACUAUAUGUCGACCGAGAUGCACUUCUUACGAUAAAGUGGUCAGAGAACAGGAGGUCUGUGAAAAAAAACCAGUUCUGAAAGUUUGGUAAACUGUUACAGGGCGCAGAGGAGGGCGAAUGGAAGGCAAUCACCUGGAGCUCUUGGAGCUCAUCCUCUUGGAGCACAUGGGCGCGGCAUGCGUUCAACAAGGCCGCUGCUGAAAGUGGAGGAGCGGACAGGAUUCGUACGAGAAUGCCGAUCGGAGAGAAGUCUGGAGGAUCAGGAAAUAACAUAAACAUCAACGUCGAGUCGAACGGAAACAACAAAAAUUCUUUUGGCGAAAGAAGUUCUUCCGAAAAAUCGGAACUGAGAGGAUCAGACGGAGAGUCUGAAGGGAAGGACAAUGCCGGAGCAGUUGGAGAAGCUGGCGCGGGAGCGGGAGCCGGAGCCGGCACUCACGGAAACAUCAACAUUACCGUGCACACUGGAGAAGGGAAAACUGGAGGAUCAGCAGUUGCCGUGGCUGGUGUCAAUGUCACUGUCAAUGGCAAGGAUGAUCAAUCUGUCAAAGUUAAAUCCGAAGCUGGAGGAAAAGGAUCAAUUACCCGUGGAAAUGGCGUGGAUUCUGAAGAGCCAGCAAAUGUCGGAAAUGAAAAAGCAAAAGGAAGCGGAAAUGGGAAGGACAAUGGAGAUUCUGGAGAUGAUGGAAACGGGAACAACAAGAAGUCGGAUAAGAAAAACGGCGGCGGUGAAGGCGAUGGAACAGCAAGGAGCGGAGCUUCAGGAAAACUAAAAGGAGAAUGGGACGACGGAGACGGAGAUGAAGAUGAUGAUCAGAAUGGAAGCAAAGACAACAAAGGAGGCAAAAGAAACGGAGAAGGCAAUGGAAAUGGAACUAUUUCCAUCAAAAUUCACUCUCCUGAUGACAACGAUUUGCUCGAAAAGGACGAACACGGAAAUGGGAAGGACAAAGGGUCUCGAUCUGGGGAAGCUGGUUCCAAUGGAGGUGGUACUGAACAGAGCGGUAAAGCUGGCGCCGAUCCUGAUUCUGGAAAUAGCUCUGGAAAAGAUGGCGACGAUGGCGAAGGAGCAAAGGUUUUCGGCGGCUCUUUGGGAAAUGGGAACGGCAACGGAGCUACUGAUGAAGGAACGAAUGGAGAUAGCAAUGAGCCCAAUGGAUUAAGUGGUGGAACGUCUGGAAGAGAAUCCAAAACGUCUGGAGAUGAAGAUUCAGAUGGAAAUAAAGACGGAAAUGGAAAUGGAGAAGGAAACGAAGGUGCAAGAGGUGCUGGAAAGAAAGGAAGCAACGACAAGUCAGGGAAAGGAAGAGGAUCCAAUUCAGAUGGAAAUAAAAACGGAAAUGGAAAUGGAGAAGGAGAUGAGGGUGCAAGCGGUGCCGGAAAGAAAGGAAGCAACGACAAGUCAGGGAAAGGAAGAGGAUCCGAUAAGGACAAGAACGGAAAAGAUAGUUCAAAUGACUCAAAUGGAAAAGGCUCGGACGGAAAGGACUCUAAGGGAUCCGGCAAUAAGAAAAGCGAUAAAGAUGCUGGUGACAAAAAAUCUUCCGGAAAUGAAUCUGGAAAUGCACCCGGAAAGAAUUCUGGCAAAGAUUCUGACAAAGGAAAAGGAGCUGGAUUAGGAAAAAUCAACGGAAAUGGAACAGGAAAAAUAAUUGGCAAAAACAACGGAAAGUCUGGGAACGGUGAUUCCAGUGGAGUAGGCAAAGGAAAAGGAGAUAUGACGAUAGGAACGAAAGCUGCCGGUCUUGAUUCUGCCUCUGGAAACGCUUCUGGAAAAGUUGGUGAUCGUCCAACGCCAAUAAUCAACAAAAAGGAAGAACGACAAGGAAUUGACGGAAAGAAUUCGGAUAACGGAAAAGGAAAGGGCAAGGCCGAUCCUGAUGAAGAUGAUGACGACGGCGUCGAUGUGACAGAUACUGAAGUUCGAACGAAAUCGGUCACUAUUCCUAAAUUGGAAGAGCUUUUGGCUAAACUCCCGAACGAAGGCGGCGAAGAUGGAGGAGAGAAUGGUGCCAGUGUUUCUUCGCAAAGCAAGCCGUCCACUAUUCCGUAAGUUAUAAUUCCGUUCGGACCGUAAAAUGUUUCAUUUUAAAAAAUGUUCACGUGACUUUUACCUUCCUAUCAUAGGGACACCUCACAGAAAUGGCGCUCUGUUCGCAAUCUGACCGAAUUUCUAGGCCGCGAAGUAAUUUUCAACUGAAAACAUGGUAUAACUUUUCAAACUCGGCCCCGAGGUCACUCAAUUUGCCCUGCAAAAAGAGCUUCUCAACAGAGCGCCAUUUCUGUGCGGUGCUCCUAUAAUAACCACAAUUGCAAUUGCAUAAAUCGUGACUUAGAGGUCACGUGAAAUGAAAACAGUAUUGGUACUGUAUAGAAUCACUGUUUACAAAUUGCUAAUUUCAGAGAGACGGAAGAGGAGGCCGCCUUCAAAACAGGCGACAAAGUUCUGAUCAAGCAGAAUGCAGAGGCAUCUGGAUCCGCAGAUACCAGUGGAACCAGUGGAACUUCCAGUGAAACGACUUCAGGAACUUCAGGAUCUUCUGGAACGUCUUCUGGGUCGGCAUCGACUGCUUCUGACUCCGGAACUACAUCCGACUCCGGAUCAGUCAACGCUGUUGCCGCAGAUGACGCUGGAACUGGAUCCGGAAGCGGUGGAAGUGGAAGAUCCAACUGCUUCUCUGCAAACUCUCUUGUGACUACAGUAACCGGGCAGAAGAGGAUGGACGAGCUGCAAGUGGGAGACUUUGUUCUAGUUCCAUCUGCAGGAAACGUCUUGAAAUACGAGCGCGUAGAGAUGUUCUACCAUCGAGAACCGCGGAUACGAACGAGCUUUGUAGUGCUUUACACGAAGAGCGGAAAGAAACUUUCGUUGACCAGCAGGCACUUGCUGCCAGUGGCCAAAUGCAGUCUUUUCCGGGAGUAUGCUUCCGAUCCCGAUGGCAUUGACGUGGCAAUGAGGGAAUCAAAGUACGCUGAGAAAGCAAGGAAGGGAGAAUGUGUUUUGUCUGUGGAUACGGUAACCGGACAAAUAAUAGCCGACGAAAUUAUCAGAGUGAGUUGAUUAAUAGAAAGCUCAAUGUUGAUCAAAGUACGUUUCAGAUCGGCCGAAUGACGAACGAAGGCAUCUACUCGCCAAUGACUGUUGAGGGAAGUCUGAUCGUGGACGGCGUUCUUUCCUCGUGCUUCUCGCACCUCGAAUCUCACUCCGCACACAAGCUCAUUUUCGACUUCUUGUACUACGUUUACCACGCUUUCGGACUUCUAAACAGUGAGUACAAAAUUUUAAUAUCAAUCUUUGACGAGUAUACAUUUCAGCCAACCAUGUCGAACUUCAACCAAUUCCCACAUUCGUAAGAUUCGCUCAAUAUCUUUCAAAAACUGUGUUCCCAUUCUCAUAACUUAUCAUAUCCACAAUAAUUUUUUAAUAACUUAAUUACAAUAUCUAGAUGAGUCUCAUGCAUUCAUAAUUUAUGAAGGAGGUCUUUCCAAGGUUGAGCGGGUACACAACUAUUGUCAUCCCAAAAAACCUAGUAUUUAUACCAUAAUAACAGAUUUUUGUCCGAGUGAAUGUCUUCCCCUGUUCCGAACAUUUGUUUCCCACAUACGUGUUUCAUUUUUCCUAGGUUUGUUUUCUCGAAUGAAUUAUUUCACUUUCUGUCUUAUCACUACGAAAGAUCGAGUGUAUACAAUAUAUUGGAACGGCGCACUUGUCAAGGACAUUUGAUCAAAUCUUCUAUAAUGCGAACGCAUAGUAUUCUCUUCUUUUCACAUCACCCAAGUCUUGUUCAAUGUAUCUCAUACAAUUUCCCAUUUCUUAUACAGUUCUUUUCCAGGAUGUUGAUCCCUCAAACAUCCCAGGCUGUUUUGGUGUACUCGACCAUCUUCUCAACUGUUACUUUCCUGGCGACUAUAGUAGCAUUGCCAAUGUUCUUUAUGAAAGUCCAGAGAGUAAACUCUCAAAUGCUUACUCAACUUCACAAUUGCCAUGUAAGUGCGAAAGUCUGAUGAAACUAUGCACCUAACGUUUUACUAUAGCAAGACACGACUGACAUUUGGAAGCAGUUAUCACAAAAGAAAGUCAGAGGGAGGAGGUCAUACGGAAGAAACGUUCCAAAUAUUCCCAGCGGGAAAUGUAAGCUAUCAAAACCAGGAUACUGAAGAUCCCUGAAAAUAGUCCUGUUAUUUCAAAAAAAAGUAAUUAAUUUACAGGUUGUAGUUGUCAGCAAGGAAAGCCAGGCGCUAUUGGGCUUAAAGGUUCAGACGGGACUCCAGGCCAGCCAGGUUUGAUCGGGCUGAACGGACGCAAUGGCAGAAAUGGGAUGUAUGUGGCCUUCGAGUCUCACAACGAACCGGCAUGCCAGAAGUGUCCAGUGGCUCCUCCAGGUCCGCCGGGGCAUCCAGGAAGGAAAGGGCCACGAGGCGCAACAGGAAAAGCCGGGACCGCAGGAAAUAACGGAAUCCCUGGGCGAAUGGGGCCGCCCGGUCCACCGGGAGUUCGUGGACCACCGGGAGAUCUCGGAAUGCAAGGACCAAAUGGAGACCCUGGAAAAGUUCUGAAUGGAGCUCCGCAAGGACCUCCAGGACGGCCCGGACGAGUUGGGGCACGUGGAAAGGCUGGAUUUACUGGGAGGUAUUGUAUUCACGCUCAUUAGUUAUGUUCACGAUCACAUGAUGCGCUCUGAAUCCAGACAAUGCCUUGUUUUUAUUUGCUUUCGUUUUCGCUCGCUCUUUGUUUUCCUUUUCUCUGUCCGGUUGGGGGAGCUGCUCACUACAGCUGGGAUGAGUCGUCGGUUAGAGCGCCUGCGACAUACUAUUUUCUUUUUAUCAUCCGUUUAUGAACAAGACAUGCGAAACCUGCUGCUCGUUUUGAUCUGACGCUCGGAAGCGGCUCUACAUUCUUUUUGGAAAGUUCACGUGUUUAUUUCUUUUUUUUCCCGUCACAGCUUUUUCGUUUUAGAAAUUGAAGUGGGACGGACAAAAAAAAAGAGUGAAAAAAUGAAAAGUUUCCGUUAACUUUUCAUUCUUAUUUUUAAAAUCUUGGGAGUAUUUAUUUCCGUUUAUUUGUUUUUUUCUCUGUUUCUCAGUCCCCACCUUCAUUUCUUAAACGAAAAAUUGUGACGGAGAAAUUAAGAAUUGAAAACGUGAACUUUCAAACAUUUCUGAGAAUCAAACAAGCAGCAAGCCGCUUCUAAGCGUUAGCUCGGCCCGCGUAGCGGCCUUGGCAGCGAGCCAGGACUUGUAAUUAUAUUAACGAGCCAGGACUUGUUAGGACUUGUUAGGACUUGUUAGUGAGCCAGGACUUGUUAUUAUAUUAGUGAGCCAGGACUUGUUAGGACUUGUUAGCGAGCUAGGACAAAAGCUAAAAUGAUGAUGUUGCAACAUGUUGAUGAUGAUUCUUUAAAAGAUCGAGACUCCAGAAAGGUUACUGGAAUUAUUUUUAUCGGCAUAUCAAGAGAGUAUUGUUUAGAUACUCAAUACAGUAGUGAUUUUGCAGAGACGGGCGUCCUGGCUUUGAAGGAACUCCGGGAACACGUGGAGUACAAGGAGAACGUGGAACUCGUGGAGCACGUGGACCGCCUGGACCACCGGGACCAGCAGGAGUGGACGGUCGGAAGGGAUCGUGCGCUCACUGCACAACAGACUCUCAAGAAAAACCAAGCGGGCCACAAUAUCCUAGUAUAGAUGAAGUGAAGUCGACUCCUUCACCAACUCAAACAAUCGGAAGUACGGAAGAAUCUUAUCAGAAUCCUUCUCUAGUUUCACUUGAUUCAUCUUUCUCUUCUGCCAUCCCAGUCUCAACACCAAUUCAACAAUCUCUCCAAGAGGUCAUUCCCAAGACUAUCAACUACGCCGACACUAUCCAUAAACCUUCUCACAAGCACGAUGGCGAUGUGACUGGAACAGAGGAGAACAGUGAAGUGGUUAUACUGGCCGGACAGUAUUCUGCUAGACAGUACGCUUCCAAGACGCUCGGAAAAGCUAUUCCAUUCGGUUAUUCCAAUGACCAACUCUCCGCAUUCGCUCCAAUGUCUCCUUCGGACAACUAUGGAAGAGAGUUCCAGACCAACAAGGUAUUUUACGUUUCCUUUUUUAUGUAUACAAGUACUAGAACUAAAAAUUCAAACCUUACGCAUGAACUUAUUCCCAUACACUUAAUUCUUGGUCUAAACCGAGCAUCAACCUCGUUAUGACGUGAACUAUUUUAGGGCUACAAUGUUCAAAUUAUGGGAUCAGAACCUACCUAUGGUGCAGCACCAGUGGGUACCACGUGGCAACAUCCUGACCGCCACGCUCAAGCCCCAAAGUUCCUGUCGCCUCCAUUCACCGGAAACGCUUAUGCAUGA